CUCAUUUAGUUCGUGACGGGAAAAACAGACGUUUUAAAACGCGAGUGCCUCUUGACACUAUCAAUAGUUUUCACCAUUUCACUGAAAUACCUGGGUACAUCAUGACAGUGUGCUGUUGCUUCCAUGACUUGUGAACCUACGAUGGGCCAAUUCUGAUUUCCGACCACUUAACGCUGUAGAUUGCCUCAAGAAAAGGUUGGACAUCCCCGGUGUGAAGUAGAAACCUCCCUAGCCUGUCCGUGUCGGUUCUGCCUCUCUGUGCCGAGGGAAUAUCUGACAAAGGGGUUUGGAAUAUUCCGGGGGCUGCUUGGUUCAUUAAUUCUAGUCAUCCGUCCAGAACCUAUCUCCACCAGGAUGCGGGUCGAGGCCCUUGUGUUGCCGGUGUGUGCAAUCCUAUCUUUGACGUCAGCCGAUGGGGAAGAAUGGGUGACGAUGGCGCAGAAGACGCUGAUGGAGUCCCUCCAAAUGAAGCCGAACACCAACGUUGCCAAGAACGUCAUCUUCUUCCUGGGUGAUGGGAUGGGCGUGUCCACUGUAACGGCAGGGAGGAUAUACACGGGCCAGACAGAAGGGAACACGGGGGAGGAGACGGUUCUGUCUUUUGAGAAGUUCUCCAAUGUGGCCCUGUCUAAAACAUAUAACGUAGAUCGUCAAACAGCUGACUCGGCAGGAACAGCCACGGCCUUCUUGUGUGGGGUCAAGGCCAACUUGGGAACUCUCGGGGUCAGCGAGAGUGUGGCGAGAGAAGACUGUGAUGCACAGGAUGCUGGGAAGGUCGAAUCUAUCCUCAAGUGGUCUCUUGAUGAAGGAAAGGCAGCCGGCAUCGUGACCACUGCCCGUGUGACACACGCCACCCCGGCAGCCGGAUACGCCCACUCGGCAGAGAGAGACUGGGAGGGGGACGCAGACACCACCAAGAGUAACGUCACAGGGAAGUGCAAGGACAUUGCUCAACAGCUUGUGGAUAACCUUGACCUUCAGGUGGUGAUGGGAGGGGGGCGCCGCUACUUUCUGCUCAACAACCAGACAGACCCGGAAACUGGAGAGAUCGACCCCAAACAUAGGGCUGAUGGACGUGACCUGAUUAAUGAUUGGAAAAACAGCAAGGGAGAUAAGAAUGCGACGUACGUGUGGAACAAGGCCCAGUUCGACUCCGUAAACCCUGCGAAAACAGAUUACCUGCUAGGUCUGUUCGAGUCCUCCCACAUGCAGUACGAUAUAGAGCGCAAUUCUUCUGGUGACGGGGAACCGUCUCUGGCCGAGAUGACGAAGAAAGCGAUUGAGAUCCUAAAAAAGAACGACAAAGGAUUCUUUCUCCUGGUAGAAGCUGGCCGUAUUGACCAUGGUCAUCAUGACACCUACGCCAAACGCGCACUGCACGAGGUGAAGGCCCUGCACGAGGCCGUCAAGGCCACCAUGGACGUCAUCAGUGACUCCGACACUCUCGUCGUAGUCACUGCCGACCACUCCCACGUCUUCAACAUCGGCGGCUACCCGUCCAGAGGCAACAAUAUCCUUGACAAGGUGGACCGGGUGCCGAACUACAAAGAAGCGUUGGACAAUAUGCCCUACACAACCCUGUCAUACGGGAACGGCCCACAGAUCCGCCAAAACCUCACUGAGGUGAACACAAUCGAUGUGGAUUACCGGUUCACAAGUGCAGUUGGAUUGGAAUAUGAAACCCAUGGAGGCGAAGACGUUGCAAUAUUCGCCCACGGUCCCAUGGCGCACCUGUUCCAUGGGGUGCACGAGCAGAACUAUAUUCCGCACGUCAUGGCGUACGCAUCGUGCGUAGGGAUCAACAAGAAGCAUUGUGAUGUGGUCAAACCUGCAAAGGGAAGUGGACAGAAAAUUGUGUAUUACUACGCUAUUGUUCCCUGUCUGUCAUUAGCUGUGUUGUUAUCAGGGAUGAGACACUGAUGCUGAUGUGGUGUCCAUGUUUGUUAACUGUGAUGUUUCAGAAUAUUCAUGUUGCUCGGUUUAAGAUAUUUGUUCUCACUUGUUCAAAAACAUAACCAUAAUUACAUUUAAUAACAGUUCGCCUGAAUAGACGACCCUAUUUUCUAUUAUUGUAUGAGAUUAUACAUGAGGGACUAAUGACUGUAUUGAGCUAAAUAAAGUACUAGUAUUCCCGGCUAAAAACGCUUC